AAAAAGUGUAGUUCAAGGAGAAGAAGAGAAGAAGAUGCAUUCGGCUAAGGAAAAGAUUAGUGACAUGGCCAGCACGGCCAAGGAGAAGCUCAACAUAGGAGGCGCAAAGGCACAAGGGCAUGCGGAGAAGACUAUGGCUAGGACUUCUGAAGAGAAGAAGAUGGCUCACGAGCGAGAGAAGUCUAAGGAGGCACAAGCCAAGGCUGAGCUUCACCAGUCCAAGGCUGAGCAUGCGGCAGACACUCAGGUUCACGGCCACCAUCUUCCUGGACACGGACACACCACCUACCCUAGCCGAACCACUGGCGCUGCUCAUUACCCACCGGGACAGAUCUAAAACUAGCUAUAUUAUGAUUAGCGGUUUAGUUUGCUUUAUAUAGUAUGUAUGCUUUUGUGU